CGCAGCGCGAAGGCGGUGCCGCUCUAGCCAUCCGCCUCCGUGAUGCGCGCGGGGAAGGAAAUGCGCGCGAGGAAACGGGGGCCCUGGGCUCACGUGACCGCGCCGCCGCAUUCUUCUCGUCAGCCAUUUUAGGUCGGAGUCAGCCAGGCGGCGCCAUUAAAAGUGCGAGAAAGGAGGAAAUAAGCGGGAGCUUUCGUUUUCCCUCCCCGUGGAGAACCUCGCUUUUUUUUCCUCCCUCCCUCCCGCGGCGUCCCCUUCAGCGGCCUAUUUAUUCCUCUUUCCCCCUUCGAGACCGGCCAGCCUAGUCUCCUUUUUUUUUCUUAAAUAGCUCCCCCCCUCGCCUCAUGUCGGACGAUCAGUUCGCCGGAGAUGAAGCGCUGGCGGAGGCUUCGGAAGACAGCGAGCAGCUCGAAGGGAUCGUUGCUCCCGGCGGCGACGGCAUGGAAGAGGCCGAAGAAGAAGAAGGAGGAGGAGAUGAAGGAGAAGGCGGAGGGGGAGGCGGCGGCGGCGGCGGCUCAAGCGAAUCGGAGGGAGCCAAAAUCGACGCCAGCAAGAACGAGGGGGGGGAGGGAAAAAUGUUCAUCGGCGGCCUUAGCUGGGAUACUACAAAGAAGGAUCUUAAGGAUUACUUCACAAAAUUUGGUGAAGUAGUAGAUUGCACUCUGAAGCUAGACCCAAUUACAGGGCGGUCAAGAGGCUUUGGCUUUGUGCUGUUCAAAGAAUCUGAGAGUGUGGAAAAGGUCAUGGAUCAGAAAGAGCACAAACUGAAUGGCAAAGUGAUUGAUCCUAAAAGAGCUAAAGCAAUGAAAACAAAAGAACCCGUCAAAAAGAUCUUUGUGGGUGGCUUGUCACCAGAUACACCAGAAGAGAAAAUAAGGGAGUAUUUUGGAGGUUUUGGUGAGGUGGAAUCAAUAGAACUUCCUAUGGACAACAAAACCAAUAAGCGCAGAGGAUUUUGCUUCAUUACUUUCAAAGAUGAAGAACCAGUGAAGAAAAUCAUGGAGAAAAAAUAUCAUAACGUUGGUCUUAGUAAAUGCGAAAUAAAAGUAGCAAUGUCAAAAGAGCAAUAUCAGCAGCAACAGCAGUGGGGAACUCGAGGCGGAUUUUCUGGAAGAACCCGUGGCCGAGGUGGAGGCUCCAGUCAAAGCUGGAACACGGGAUACGGUAAUUAUUGGAACCAGGGGUAUGGCAACUAUGGAUACAACAGUCAAGGUUAUGGAGGCUAUGGAAACUAUGACUACACUGGCUACAAUAACUAUUACGGAUAUGGAGAUUAUAGUAAUCAGCAGAGUGGUUACGGGAAGGUAUCUCGGCGAGGAGGCCAUCAAAACAGCUACAAACCCUUAAAUUGUUCCAUUUGCAGCCUAUUACAGACAGGUGGACAAGCAGUAUUCUCCACUGGAAGAUUCAUUUUGAGGCGGCUUGUGCCGCCUGCUAACCGCAGUCAAACUUUAAAAAAAAAAUUGUAUCAAGUCACUGAAUUGAAAGUAAGAUGUGGGUCCCUCUGACGUUUGAUUGCACUCUCAUGGCAACAGAAUUGUUUCACCGUCUUAUAUUUUUUAAUUGCUAUGCUUAAGGAAUCAAUUUGACUUAACGACCCGUUCCCAUUUUGUUCCCAGUAUUGUAGAGCAGAUCUUGUGUUUUAAAGCCCAGUGUGACAGUGUCAUGAUGUAGUAGUGUCUUACUGGUUUUCUAAUAAAUCUUUUUGUAUAAA